CUUUUUAUCUCACAACGUCAUUCGAGAAAUUUAAUGUUGUAACGUAACCGACAUAAUUAUUUAGGUUACGUAACCUUAAUUGCUAUGUUUUGAAUUUCGAUUAUAUAGAUUCAUAAUACCGCCAAAUCGUGUGUGCCUUUGAAAAUAAACGAAAUGAAAGGAUUUAAAGAAUCUGCAAGUUUAAUCCUAACAGCACGUCAUAUGAGGAGAUGCGUUCGUUCUCGGCCUCAAGUAAACUUCCAGUAUAAUUACGAUCUGCUCUGCCUUAAACGCCAAGCAAACUCCAAAUUCAUGCCGAGUAAAUAUGUGUUUCCUGGAGGGAUGAUCCAUUCGUCGGAUGCAGACCUCAAGUGGCACAAUCUUUACACCACGUUCGGCUUCGACAAGAACAGCUUCGCCACUUUGGUACCAACUGUUAAAACACGUCCAAUUAUCUUUAAUCAACGACCAAACGAAUUGCCAAGAGAAAUUUCACUUCGUAUCAGUGCUAUUCGUGAGACCUUCGAAGAGUGCGGCAUCCUCCUCUGCAGGAAGUCGAACGACAGCGGCACCUACUCCGAUUGGGCGCAGAAUGUCGAGAUACCUGAGGACGAGGUGCAAGCCUGGCAGAAGAGAGUGCACAACGACGCGACGGAAUUCUACUCGUUGUGCCAAAAUUUCGGCUGCUAUCCUGAUUUAUGGUCGCUUUACGAAUGGAGUAAUUGGUUGACACCUACAUGUUAUCGCAGCAGUCGGUUCGACACUGUUUUCUACAUGGCCUGCAUGCAGGAGCCACCAGAAACGGUCUGCGAAGCAUCGGAAAUCGAAGAUUCGAAAUGGGAUCUACCAGCGAACUUCAUAUUCGCCAAUGCCGGUUUCGCUCUAGCACCUCCGCAACAGUAUGAAAUAGCCAGGAUCGCAAAAUUCGAGAGUAUUGAUAAUUUAUUAGAUUUCGCCAUCGAUCGGACCAAAAGGGGUGUGCUACAAACUCUGCCAGUGAAGAUUCUUCUGCGAAAUGGAAGCGUGUAUGUCCUUCCAGGGGAUUCGAUGUAUCCGAAACAGGCGAAUUUAUUUGAGGAACAAAUUAUCAACAGGGAAAAUAUCACCAUCGAACAGUUUCAAGGAAUAUCGCCUAUAAAGAACAGAGUAGAGUUUUAUAAUUGUGAGAUAAGGAAAUUAUUCGUUCAGAAUUUUGACAAUAAAGAUGGUCAUUUAGCGCCGAUGCGAUUGGAGGACGUUCGUGUAAUACAAAACUACCAAAAAUAGUAUUUGCAUUGUCCUUCGUCUGAUCACUUGUACUGUAUGAAAUUGACAAUGAACUGACAAUAACUUGUAAUAAAGGUUCACACGUGAUUGUA